AGCCGUUUUUUGGUGCAGGCCCCUUUUGGGGAAAGGGGCCGAUCUGGGGUCUCGCGCCAGAGGCGGUACCUCUCCUCCAGGCCCUGCUCUCCUCCUCCUCCCCCCCCUGGCGCCGGUGGGCGGCGCCUAGGCGGGGGGGCGGCGCCAGCACGGGCUGCAGCGGGCUCACCGCCCAGCAGAGCAGCCGGAGCGGGCCCGAUGGCCGCCCAGGGCGCCAGCGCGGGCGGUGGCCACGGCCAUGAUGCGCAAAUUGUCCACCACCAGUACCAUAUGUAGGCCACCCUGGCUGGUGGGACGCCGGGGAGCCGGCGCCGGAACCGGACGACGCGCCCAGCGGCGGCGCGGGGGGCGACCCCGAGAUGGAGGAGCACGGCUCCCCGGUGCUGUCCAGGUUCGACAUGCACGGGAUGGUGGGGGAGGGCACGUACGGCAAGGUCUACAAGGUGGUGGACAAACAGUCAAGGCAGCCGUAUGCCCUGAAGAAGAUCCCGAUCCAAUACGACGAGGAGGGCGUGCCGAGCACCGCCAUCCGCGAGGUGUCGCUGGUCAGGGAGUGCAGCCAUCCGAACAUCAUAAAGCUGUACGAGAUCAUUCCGACGCCGUCCGCCCUGCAUCUCCUGUUCGAGUUCCUGGACAUGGACUUGCGGAUGUACCUGCGGAGGCAUGGGGCCUACACUGACCCGCCCGCUUUGAGGGGCGCUGCGUACCAGUGCUCGUGCGCCAUCGAGUACAUCCAUCUCCACCGCAUCAUUCAUCGAGACCUGAAGCCUCAGAACGUCCUGAUCGACAUAGAGUCGGGCCGCCUGAAGCUGGCCGAUUUUGGGCUCGCGAGGGCCUACAGCGUGCCGCUGCGGGCCUACACGCACGAGGUGGUGACGCUGUGGUACCGCGCCAUCGAACUGCUUCUCGGGCAGACCAAGUACGCGACGCCCACGGACAUUUGGUCGCUGGGCUGCCUCAUCGCGGAGAUGGCCACCGCGCAGGCUCUCUUCCCGGGCGACUCGCAGAUCGACACGAUCUUCAAGAUCUUCCGCCUCCUGGGAACUCCCACCGACGAGGUCUGGCCGGGCGUUUCUUCCCUGCGCGAGUUCAAGCACAGCUUCCCGCGUUGGCCCGACACGCGUCUGGAGAGCACGCGCUCGGCUGGGCCAGCUCUCGGCGAGACUGGCGUGGAGAUGCUCCGACUGUGUUUCGCUUACAACCCCGUCAGCCGCCUAUCCGCUCAGCGGCUUAAGCUCCACGCCUUCUUCGAGGGGAUUGAACCAGAGGUCGACCGCUGCGCCAUCACUAGGAGGUGACAUCGGUUGAACAUACGUGUGCUUCUGCAGCUUCCGGUCUCUGCGGAGAUCGAAGGCUGCUCGUCUCCAUGCCUUCCUCGCUACCUCCUUCCCCGCAUU